CGCGUGACCACCCGCAGCCAUGGCCGGGCUGGGCGCUGCUUUCCGCCGCCUGGGCGCCCUGUCCGGAGCCGGGGCCUUGGGCUUGGCCACCUACGGGGCGCACGGCGCCCAGUUCCCAGAUGCCUACGGCAAAGAGCUCUUCGACAAAGCCAACAAACACCACUUCCUACACAGCCUGGCCUUAUUAGGGGUGCCUCAUUGCAGAAAGCCCCUCUGGGCUGGGCUGCUGCUAGCCUCGGGAACCACCUUGUUCUGCACCAGCUUUUACUACCAGGCGCUGAGCGGAGACCCCAGCAUCCAGAAUGUGGCCCCAGUGGGCGGGAGCCUGCUACUGUUGGGCUGGCUUGCCCUGGCACUUUGAGAUUGCUUUGUAUACUUGUUGGCUUGUCCCAGUUACUUUUGGGGCGUGGGGACAUUGGGGAACAAGAAGAAAAUUAAAAGAGAAAGGCAAAUGAA